UAUUAAUCACUGCCAGGUGCUAGAGAGGACGUGUAGCCAGAUAUAAGGAUUUAUAGUACAAUUAAAUUUAAGAGCAUCCUAAAUCCUUCUAAUUCUGAGAAUUUAGUGACAAAAUUGAAAACGAUUUAUUGCUUCUCACCAUUUUCCUCAUAAUCUGCUGACUGUCAUUUUCUCUUUUUACCCUCAUCUAUCGACAAUUUGUGCCGACGUGUUUUUAUUUAAAUUGGUGACUGCUCAACUUCUGUACAAAGUCUCCAAAAAACGCAGCUGAUGACUUUCCAGGAAGUAAAAGCUCAUCCUCACCACUCAGCUUUGGGGCAUACAUACGAUUAGUCAUUGUUUUUAAAUCGACAAAGAGGAAAUGAGCACCCACUCGGGUUAUUACCCCACUGGAGCAAAAACCUUUCAAGCCUUAGCUGCUUGAUGUGUGAAAACUUGUCAGAAAUAAUCAGAAGAGGCCUUAGAGGGGCUUCACUAAAAUACUCCUGAAUGAUGCUUCAAUCCCUUUAAUCUACAGACUCAUUACUCUUUGGCCAGCUCCAUCGUAUCACAUCGUAACUGAUGUCUCUCUGUCUUUCUCCUAAACAGGCGUACUCGUUAAGAUGUUUGUACAUUUCAUCAUUUGUAUCUUGUUUCCUACUUCCAUCUAGUCAGCCAUGGAAGUUUGUUAUCUUAUAUUUUUGGACAAUUAUGCUUACAACUUUACUUUGUAGGCAAAAAAAAAAACAAACUGUGGAAACAGGCUGCCAGUGUUUUGACUCUGAAGGAGCUCUGACAUUUAAGAAAAAAGCCUUGAUGAUGAGGUUUUGCGGGUGAUGCAAGCCUGGUUCCACACCUCAGAAAGGUUCUGCUCUUUAACCACUUCUGUUCUGGAGACAUGGAAGGCCAUGUAGGUGCCAUGUAUGUCAAGAAAAACAAUUUGGGAGAUCUGAUUGCUUUUAUUUUCUUCUUCCCUGCAACCUUUUAGUGUUUUUAAUAUUUAUUUGUGUCCAGCAAAGUUACAUGAGCCAACUGAUGUCAUAACAUAGGAGAUUUUGAACCUCUUUAUGGGAAAAUACAAAGUGUUCAAAUGUUGGGUUGUAAGCCAAAAGAGAGCAGUUUAGUUGUUUAUGGAAAAGCGCCGCCACAUGCGUCCCAAAGUUGUGAACUGAGCUCAUUUACAGGAACAAUUGUAGACCUUAAGUGUCAUUAAUGUGGACAUCCUGUAGCUACAUUGCUAUAGCUACCUCACUACACCCCUGAACCAUCAACUCCUAAGCUGAUUUUUCUUGGAUUAAAUGCAAAAUAAUUUAACUGUCACUGAAACGAUGUUAGUGGAGCAGUUAAGUUACCUUAUAACAAAUCUGUUCUCUAGACCACAAGGUCGGGCUGAGUGAUUUCAGGGAAAAACAGCCUUUCAGUCUCAUGCUAAGUGCUGGAGCUGCAUUUCAGGGUCCAUUUUGGAGACUAGAAUUCAGCAUAUCUGAGGCCGUGCUGCUUUGAUCGUUACGGUUUUGCAGCACUAAAUUACUCGAGUACCCGGUUAGUACAGUGUCCACAUACUUGCUGCACCGCAACAGAAUUUUGAGUGCUUGUUAAAGACUUGAGCUUUCUUUGCAUUUUGCUACUAAUUCUUCUGUACUUCCACUUCAGAGCCAGCUCUUUCCUGCAUCACCAGCAUAUUUGCGGUCAGAUGUUUCCCUCUGAGUCUACAGGAGUAAAAUGUCCAGCAGAGACCUUUGUGACGUGACCUGGCCGAAUGUUUACCCCUCACACCCAGCUAUGUGGCCGGAGCAGUCUUGGAGUGGGUGUUCCCUGUGAUGAUGUGCUCACAAAGUCCGCACUGUCCAGACAGUCCUGUGCACACCUAGUCCCACCCCUUCUCUCACCCCCUCAGCCGGCUACCUUUCCUCCCUUCCCUGCACUCCUCUGUACUCUUCUCCUGCUCCCCUCGCAGGGUCAGUCGCUCAGUCCAAGUCGCCGCUCGAGGACUUUUGGAGACGCUCAUCCUUCGCAGCCACGAUGGUUCGCAGCAGCUGCAUCUGCACAGUCGUCCCGCUUGUCCUGUUCAGCCUCUUGGUGGCCUUUGUGCACACAGAGACACUCGCCGACCCUGCCUCGACAUCUCGGGACAACCAGGACACCAUGUCUGGAGAGCCGCCCAGCGACGUCACCACCAGAGUGCCCUUCCAGGAUGUGUCGGAGCAGUCCGUCACCUACGACUACGAGGACGCCACACUCUCCCACCCUUUGGACGAGGAAGGCGUUCUGGGGCCUGGAGCCAUCACAGCCAUAGUUAUAGCAGUGUUCCUGGGAGCGUCGGUCCUCCUCGCCCUCAUCGUCAUCACACUCAGAAAAUUCACCGCCUCCUAGAGCGAAUACAUCCCGUUUUUUGUGUAUGCAUGUGUGUGCGUUUGUACAGCGUGAGUGUCUGCAUGUUACUGUUUGUCUUCAGCCGCUCAUAUAAAUCCAUCAGCUCUGAACUCACCCCUUUUGUUUCUUUCGCAGCUGUCUUUUGCUUUGCUGUAGAUGCUGAACACUGUGGCAGGUCCCUUAACUGACUAUUUACAGAUUUACUCCUGUAAACUCUCAAAUUGUUGCUCUACAUGCCCACUCGUUAGAAACUGGCUGGCUCUUCCAGUGCAAUUGUAGCCAUUUGACUUUUGUUCUGCUUUACAUGUUCCUUUUUCAAUGUCUUCCGUGCACGCUUUGAUUUUGCUUGUGGGCCUUUUGUUUUUUUAGAAUUUUUUUUCUUCUCUUCCUAAUGUGUUUUUUCUUCCAUUCAUCUGUGUCUAGUCAAGAAAUCUGAUUUUAAUGUUCCUACACAUCAACUUUUUAUUCAUGUCCAAAUACUCUCUAAAAUAUUUCCUUGGUGUCACCGUGUACAAGUUUGUAUUACGCCAUUAACAAACAUUUGUAGAGUAAAAAUAAGAAGAGAACAUUUUUAUAAAAGGCUUCUUCAAUGAAUGAAUGUAAACAGUAGGAAGGUUAUUUGUACCUGCAGACCAAACAUGAAGUUAGAGCUUGGAUGAAUGUGUGUUUGCACUCAAUUCAAUUUUUUUAGUAACAUUUUUUGUUUUGUUUGGAAGUUAUUUUUUCUGCAAGAGAAAAAUGAUUUUAGUAGAAUUAUUUUGUCUUUUUUCUCUAUGCCCCAGAGUCUUCAGCCAUACAGCUGCAUGUUGCCAUCGUAAAGUGAUUUGCCCAAUUUAAGCUGAACAAAUAAAUAAAUCAGAUGUCAAAUA